AAAUCCUUAAAACUUGUAAAAUGCUGCUGAAUGAGGCAGAGAAAAUCUAUGACUUGGAAGUCAAACAUGAAAAUGACCCAGAUCUCUUAGAUUUGAAUUUGAAUUCAUUGGUAACUGUAAUAGAUACCUUGAAAACAGAAGUUACAGAACAAGACACCAUGGAAACAGAAGGAGAUACUGCAAAAACAGAGCCAUUUACUUUAAAAAGAGAACCAGUUGCCAUGGCAACAGAACUAGUGUCUAUAGUAAAAGGACAAUUCACUAUAGAAACAGAAUCAGGUACCAUGGUAACAGGGCCAGUUAUUCAGACACCAAUGCUAGAUACCAAUAUAAAGUCUAAUUUUAGUGAAAAAAUGUUAAAUGCUUUAAACAAAGAUAGUUUAAAAAAUUCUAGGACUACAACGAAUGCAUAUUCUAGAUCAAAUCAUGCAACCAUAUGCUUGACAAAUACAUCAAAUCAAACUACAAAUGUAAACACUUUACAGAUCUUGACAAAUAAGUCUUACCAACCAAGAAAUCAGAACGCUUUACAAAGUUUUACAGAGACAUCAGCAAAAGAGGUCAUCAAUAAACCAUUUACACAGAGUCAACAAAAUUCCAAAACUGCCGAAAUGUCACCUGAUGCUUUAAUUGAUCCAGAUGAAAUAAAAAAGGAAAUUGUAGACUACAUAAAACGAUCUGGUACUUCAGAACUGAUUCUUAGUAGGGAUAAAGUCAGAAAUGGACAAGAUAUAGAUGGAGACACUGAUAAAGGCAGAGAUGCUCAGAAUGGCCAAGAACUGGAGGAAGAAAAAGAAAUUAAAUCAGAACCAACUGAUGCCGAGUCUAACCUUUACACAUACGAAAAAAUAUCACAUUUAAAUAAAUAUGUCGGGAAAAAGCCAAGGAAGGUGUACAGACUGUAUAAGUGUACUGUGUGCAAGAAGACGUUCGACUAUCUAUUAUGUGUACAGAACCACAUCAGAAUUCACACUGGCGAUAGACCAUAUAAGUGUGGAGAAUGCCCCAAGGACUUUGUUACAAAGUGUAGUCUGGCAGAACACGAGAAAGUUCAUACAGGUGACCGUCCACAUGUCUGUCACAUCUGUGGCGUAACAUUUAUGCAGAAAUAUAAGCUGGAUAUCCAUCUACAGAAACACAAUGGUGAGACAAACUACAGCUGUGAUAUUUGUGGUAAAGGAUUCAUCAGAAAAGAUCAUUUAAAAAAUCACAUUCAGUCCCACAAUAAGGACAGGCCUUUCUCUUGUAAGAUUUGUGGUCAAAGUUAUAAAACAGAGAAAUCGGUAAAAGUGCAUGAAAGAUCACAUGCCCCGGGGACAUUCCAAUGUCAUUUCUGUCAUAAGGUGUAUACACAGAACAGAAACCUUAAGGUUCAUAUCAAUGCAAAACACAAUCUCUCUCCGCUCGACAAAAGUAAUGGAUCAACGACAAGAAAGAAACAAAAAUCGGAACUGGUUGAGUGUGAUAUAUGUAAAAAAUAUUAUCGAAAAAAUUAUAUAAAAACACAUGCUAAAAGUCAUGAUGAAAGUGCCAAGGAUUUUGAGUGUCAGGUCUGUGGGAAAAAAUUUGUAACGGAAAGUUAUUUAAAUUAUCAUGAAAAUAUACAUACGGGUGAUGGAGGAGAAGAAUGCGAUGUUUGUCAUAAAAUGUUUGUUAAUCAACGUUCCCUUCAAAAUCACAUGGUCAUACACACUGGGGCUCGCCCAUAUAAGUGUGAGAUUUGUAAUAAAACGUUUGCUCAUUCUUGUGUACUCCAUGUACACAGGAAAACACACACCAAAGAUAAAACAUACACAUGCCAGGAAUGUGGUUUACAGUUUAGUUUAGAGUAUUAUCUAAAGAGACAUGCUAAAUUCCAACACGGAACUGGGAGGAUUUAUGAAUGUGAAAUUUGUGGGAAGGAGUUUAGGCGGAGUGACCAGAUCAAAAGACACAAAGAAACACAUGAAAGGAAAGAAGAGAAAAAUAAAUUGAAAGAAAAUAAAGAGUCAAGAAAAAAGGAAAAAAACAAUAAAGAAGACAAAAACAGUAGAAGAGAAAAAGGAAGAAAAAGAACAUUAUAUAGAAAGUGAUUCUUGUCCUGAAGAAUUAAGUACAAUUAGGUCACAUAGAAAGAAGAGACAAAUUAAAGAGGACGAUGAAGAUGCUAUACCUAAACCGAAACGAAAAAAACGAUCAAUUUGAAGAAAUACAAAAAUGGAGCAUAAAAUUAGAUGAAUUAGUAAAAAAUGAAAAAAGGGGGACAAAUUAUAUUUUUUUAUCUAUUUUACAAAAUAUUUGUUCAAAUUUCUAGAUUAUGUUGAAAUUAAUCUUUAAAUUGUAUACAAUAAUUUAAACUGAUGUUAGCUGCAAACUGUGAUGUAUAUAGUUAAAUUUCAAAUUUCUAGAUUAUGUUGAAAAUUAAUCUUUACAUUGUAUACAAUUAUAUAAAUUGAUGUUGUUGUUUUUUAUAUAAGUUGCAAACUAGUUAAUUUUCAAAUUUCUAAAUUAUGUUGAAAUUAAUCUUUACAUUGUAUACAAUUAUUAAAAUUGAUGUUUUUUUAAUAUAAGCUGCAAACUGUGAUGUUUAUAGUUAAAUGUUGUUCGGUUUGCCCUUCUAACUCCAACAUUUGCAUUUUACUAUCAAGAUACAUAAAGGCAAGACAUAACUCUGUGUCCACAUUUUAUUUUAAGCUGUAAACUGUGAUAUAUGUAGUCCUGUUAGGAUGAUUUCAGAUGCUCCAUCAUUUGUUAAACAUGUUUUAGUAAAAUUGGUGUACAUGUAUAAUUUUAUUAACGACUUUCUUUUUAGUUGACAGAAUGUUUUUCUUUGUAUGAACAUAAACAAAUGAGUGCAUUAUCCCUUUAUGCCUAAAUUAAAUACUAUUUUUGGAGUCUAGAC